AUGUUGAUCAACGACAGUAGAGGUAUGGUCAUGGGCAAGCGAAAACUGCCUUCGCUCGCAUUACUUCUAGGUCUUGGUGUAGACACUGUUCGAGGAGGCUAUCAUGUAUCUCGAAAUGUCACCGUCAGCAGCAUUCCGGAGGCUCAUAGCCAGAGCACCACAGUCGGUUCAGGUGAAGCAAACAUCUCACCAUCCUCAAUCUCAGCACCGCCAAUAUCGAUAGUGCUGACGGAAUUCAAUCCAUCUUCAAUGGCACCACCGAGGGCUGUAUCGACAACUUUUAUCAUAGUAUCGUCUCCAUCGCUUACAGACCCCAGCGACGGUAUCGGGACUUCUGCCUCUACGCUGGAUUACUCUUCCCGCAUCGACGAAGAAGGAUCCACCAUUACAACCGCCCAGUUGCCCUCUACGUCGGACUUUACUUCAUCAUCAUCCCCAGCUUGGAACUAUGAACCGGUUGAGCAAAAGAGCGAGUCACCCGGUCAGAACGAUGCGAUGCCCACGGUAGGGGCUGUACCGGGUGGGAUUGUUAUGAUUCCUCCUGAAAUUCCUCCAUGGAUGGAACAGACAGCGUCAUUUUGGGAUGAUGUCUCUUUGGGUCAGCCACCGGUGGACAUACCGACCUCUUGGGACUACGUUUCUACCACAACUACCUCGGAUUUCACUUCCACGCAAACCAUCCACGCUCCUUCCACUCGAGGGCAGUUCUGGAAUCAGACGUCAGCGCCCUACUACAAUCAGCCAUCAACAUCGAUUACCAGGGCCUCGGUUUUUCCAAACACCACGACAACGUUAUCAUCAAGUACUAUCAGCCACUGUCAGCCAUCCGAUCUGACAGCAACUGUCACAAGUUGGGAAGUUGUGCACACAAGUACCAUCACAUGGGUCGGCAAUCCAGCGAAUUACACGCAGCCUUACCCGACGCUUAUUCCGCCUUCCGUCGAGACCGUCCCGCCGUGUAUAGAUCUGGUAACGAAAACAACACCACCUCCUGGGAUUACAUUAUCCACCUGCUUUACCGUCACUGCGAGUGGCUCGGGGACAAGAUCAUGCACAUUGACAGUCAGCACCAAUAGUUGGGGAUACGGUCCUCAGACUUCAACAACUAUCAGGUAUGCACCUACAGUUACCUUCAUCACGACAGACAAGAACCCGGCGGUUCUGUACUCGCCAAUCCAGACCCCCAACUAUGGCGUAACCAACGACAUCACAAAGUCACCUCGGCCUACGGCUGUAAGCGUUGAUCCGGUUGACCCACCAGCGUACAACACGUUCGACAGUAACAACAGCCCGGGCGAGGUAACCAAACCUGUACCCAAGCCAGUUACCGUAGUAGUGAAGCCUACAGAGGUAAUCAUUGGCAGUUCCACGAUCACCGACAAUGCGGCGACCAAGACAUAUACCGUCGUAGUGGGCGGGGAAACCUUCACGGUUGGACCAACCCAGGUAAUAGGAGGUGGUGCUACCGUGACCAGGCCGUUUACAAGUAAAGGAGGAGGAGCACGAGGAGCAGGAGCAGGAGAUAUCAAUUACGCCCCCGUACCCACAAGCACCAAACUCAACGACCUGCCCAUCAUCGUGAGCUCUUCCGUGGCCGUGAUCGGUACCGGGAGUUCCACCUUCACCCUGCCCCUUACGCCCACUGCAGUCGUCGUCGAAGGCCAUACCAUCAGCAUCGGACCCAGCGGAAUUGCCAUCAUCGACCCCAAAGGCAACCCCAUCAUUGCGACCGUCACCCUUCCCCCGCCUCGCGAGCAAACUAUCACCAUCCACCCCGGCUCCAACAAUAACAACAACGAACCCAUAACCACCACCGUCGACGGAGUCUCCAUCACCAUCAUUAGCUCCUCCGUAGCCAUCAUCGGCGCCGGCACCGGCAACUCCAAAUCCACACUCACCUUCCCCGUUUCAGGCUCCUCACCCACCACCAUCACCAUCGACAACAACGGCAGCCAGCAUACCCUCACUCUCGGACCCUCCGGCAUCACCAUUACCGUACCCCUUCCGUCCUACGUUAUCGCCACAGCAUCUUCAGUCAUCACAAUCCAGACCCUCUCCAUGUCUCUUCUCCCUUCAGUGACAUCCAUUUCCCCACCCCCCUCACCAGCAACAGAAGUCGUGGUAGUAGGCGGCUCCUUAGUCACCGCCAUUGGCCGGUCUGUGGUGGUCAUUUACGGGACUACCAUUACUUAUACCACUCUCUCCUCCCCCUUGACGACGGUGGUCACCGAAGGGGGGGAGGAUACCAUUGUUCUCGACCCAUUUGCUGGAAUCUUGAUCACCCACCAUAACCACCCCUAUCCGGACGCAUCAGCAGGAGCAUCAGCAUCAGCAGCAGCAGCAGCAGAGGUGACAGUAACAACCCUAGGCGGCGCGCAUGCUGACCCCUCUGCUACCGAGUUCGCAGUAGUCGGCGGCGCGACGAUUACCAAGGUGGGCGCGUCGGUGGUGGUGGUGGACGGGGUCAGUUAUACCGUUGGUCCUUCUGCGACCUUCACUGGAGGUAAGGAUGGCACAAUAACAAUGAUAACGACGGUGUUGAGUGGUGGCGGACAGACGGUCACUAUUGGGCCGGAAGGGGUGGUGGUGGGGACCAUGACAAUUGAGUAUCCGUUUAAAGGAGGUGACGAAGAGGAUGGGAGUAGUACGACGGUUAUUUUCCCCGGUGGAGGGCCGGAGGCUGCGGGUACGGCGACGGCGACGGCAACGGCCGAUGAUACCUCGGGGUCGGGGUCGGGGUCAGCAAAGGAUGAAAAUGAAGAUGAGGAUGCUGGUACUUCGCUUGAGGUGGUGUGGAGGGUCAUGAUGUUGGGGUUGAGUGUGGCGGGGGCGGUUGGGGUGUUUGGAUUGUAACUGUGAGUAAGUCCUCCCUACAACCCUGUUUUAUUCUUACAAAUCCCGUCUGUAUUCAGUCCGUUUUUUUCA